CCGCCAUCUUGGCCGAUCCGGAAGAAGCCGCGUCCCCGGGCCCAGCGCCUCGGCUCCUCCUCUUCGUCUCCUGCUCCUCUUCGCUACCUCCUCCUCCUCCACCACCCUCCUCCUCCUCCUCGCUAAUUGCUCGUCAACCCAAAUUAGCUCCUUCACUACCUCGUCGCCCUCGUCAGCUCCCUCUUCAUCGUCUCUUUGGCCCGGGUUGCAAGCGCCCCGUGCAAGCCAGGAGCAGUCAUGGCCGCCGCUCCUUACAACUACUCGUACAUCUUCAAGUACAUCAUCAUCGGUGACAUGGGAGUGGGGAAGUCCUGCUUGCUCCAUCAGUUCACAGAGAAGAAAUUCAUGGCGGACUGUCCCCACACAAUCGGCGUGGAGUUCGGCACGCGGAUCAUCGAGGUGUCCGGGCAGAAGGUGAAGCUGCAGAUCUGGGACACGGCCGGCCAGGAGCGGUUCCGCGCCGUCACGCGCAGCUACUACCGCGGCGCUGCCGGCGCCCUCAUGGUCUACGACAUCACCAGGAGGAGCACCUACAACCACCUCAGCAGCUGGCUCACGGACGCUCGGAACCUCACCAACCCGAACACGGUGAUCUUCCUCAUCGGCAACAAGGCAGACCUGGAGGCGCAGAGGGACGUCACGUACGAGGAGGCGAAGCAGUUUGCGGAGGAGAAUGGCCUGCUGUUCCUGGAAGCCAGCGCCAAGACGGGCGACAACGUUGAGGAGGCCUUCCUAGAGACGGCAAAGAAGAUCUACCAGAACAUCCAGGACGGAAGCCUGGACCUGAACGCGGCCGAGUCAGGCGUGCAGCACAAGCCGGCCACACCACAGCCCGGCCGCCUCGCCAGCGACGCUCAGCCUGCUAAGGACAGCUGCUCCUGCUAGGCCGGAGCCCCGCCCCUCCUCGCACUCGCCCUGGCCCCUCCUCGCACUCGCCCUGGCCCCUGACUCCCACUCGUCCUGCCACGCCCCCCACCCCAGAUCAACCCGGGCCCACCCAGCCGCCCGGGACCAACGCUAGCUGCUCACACGCCACCUCCGCCAUGCCGCCCCCCACCUGCCAGGCUUCAACGUGCAUUCCAUAUCACCUCGGCAUCUCUGGCCUCCCCACCCACCUCCGGUCUUCAUCUCAUUCCCCACUGUCUCCUCUGUGCUUCACUUCAUCAUUUCAUACGUCACCCGGUAGGCUAUGUCCUAUGAGCCCUGCUUCAAGGCCACGGAGGGACGUGCCUUGUGCGCGUCACCUACCGCGCUCUGGUCACCCGCUCUUCCUUCCUCCUCCCGCUCCUGCCUCACUUCUCCUCCUCGUCAUGCCCCUGACUCAAACAGCAACUCCGUCUUCUUCCUGUGUGCGAGGGCUGAAGGGACCACGGCUGGUUGUUGCUUGUCAGGGAGCUUUAAUUUCCCCCUCCUCGUUCCAUUUCCGUGGUAAACCAACUCCCGCCGUUGCGUGUUCGCGUGCACACGCGUAUCGGGAUUGACGACAAGCGGCCGACUUUUAUUUUCGUCCUUUUAUCCGCGGCACGGCACGGCACUGCCGUCCGUCCCAUCUGACCGACUUGCCGGCCGUGUCCUCCCUCCCCUCCACUCGUGGUGUCUUGCACCAGCGCUCGUCUGCCGACACGCCGUCGCUACCGCACGAGCGUUGCCAGCGUCAGACCUUGAGCGGGUAUGGGCGGCAGUUGCCGGUUCUGCGAGGUGACCGAGCCAGUGGGGGUUGGGGGGGGGAGUCAUCGCUGCUGCGUGCUGCGCAUGUACAUUACCGCCCCGGGUGAAAGUUACUGUGGCGACUGAGUGUUUGCUUUCUGGGGUGGGUACCCCUUUGGCGUGUGGCUGCGAGUUGGAAGAGUGUUUGUUGGUUAGCACCUUUGAAGCGAGUGGCUCGGCCACUGGGGGGUGUAGACCACACACGUAUGUUGUACGCUAGCUGUACUAAAGAGCGUUAACUGCUUGGAAUAUGCUUGGCGCGGCGCUACACGUUUUAAAUGAGUCCAAAAUAAUAGUACCGUUAUUUUUCCGUUGUUGCACUGGAGGUGGUCUUGAUGAUUUGUAUUUUUGUUUUUAUUUUUUUGUUUAAAUUUUUUUGGUGUUGUGUGUAUUUUGUUUUUUCUCUCUCUCACCGUGCUCUGCUUUUAAAAAAAAAGAAAAUGCAUUACGAAUCUGCGAGAGGCAUUGUGCAGAGGGAGGAGGGUGAACUCCGUGUCUGCGGCGGCAGCGCCACCGCUGGAGCGAUGCCCUGCGUAUACCGGGGCCUCUCUUGUCCGUCGCCGUGUGGGGCCGGCCGUUACAGGUUUGACGUUGCGCCAUCCCCGACCGCCGCCGAUGUAAAAUUUACUCAAAACACUACGGCGCGGUUCACUUCCGUCCACGGCAACGAGCGCGCGUUGCCGUGGGCAUCUCUCGAGUUCCCGAGCGCUGGGUGACUUCCUCCUCCCCACCACCUCCACCACUCCGUGUAAUUGAGUCUAGUUCGAGCAAUCCACUAUUUUGUGAAGAUUGAUUGGCAGUCCCCUCGUCUAAUGGCACUGCCUUGUGAGCACUUCAAUCGGCCCGGUUUUUGUGAGGUUUUGCGAGCCUCGAUAGAUCUAUAAUGUAAACUCCGCAUGAGGCUCUGUUGUUCAAAGAAAGCUUCGCAUGGCGACAUCGCGUUUACAGCAUAAAAGUCACACCUUUUGCGUCCUGUGUACUGUUGUGUCAAGUAAAAAAAAAUUGCACACACGCACGACCGGCGGUCAAAAAGUUCUGAGAUCCACACUGUCGAGACCAGAAAUUAAAUGCGGCCAAAAGCUGAAAUGUUACAAUUGUGCAGAAGGGCAAAGCAACAUUUAUAGAACAUUUGCCAAGCAAUAGCCAGCUCUCGUCAACCAGCCUCUCGUCAUCUCUCUACCCAUAAUUGUAACGAACUGGCCAAUCGGCAGCGAGUACGAGCCCCACCGAUAAGCCCACCACCCCAUACUGUGCCAGACCUCCCCUUGUCAAUGUGGCCCUCGCUAUUCAGUUUUGGUGUCCCCAGCUCAUGCACCGCGCCCACCGUGCAAACGCCAGGGAUCUAUUGUUUAAGAGCCGGCCUUCACAGGCUUAACUUGCAAUUUGAGGUGGAAGUUAUAGGUGGAGAAGGUUGGUAAAUUAAAUUACAAUACGGAAAUAAAAUUAAUAUAUAUCGACCAAUCUUUAUCAUCUGGUUUCGAUUCUUUAGACUUUUUGACGGCCUCGUUUGCAAGCGUGCUGCUCUUUAUGGGAUAGCUUUGGUCGCUCUCCUCUUAACCCCUCUCCUGGUCCCCCCCCCCUUUGUCUUUCUGUUCCCGGGUUAGUGUCUUAAGAUUUGCACCCGUGUACCACUGUACAAAACUUGAGGGGUGUUCCGCUGUACAUUGUUAUCUUUUAAGGAGGAGGUCUAUAGUAGAACGAUAAUGACGAUUAUAUUCAUAACGAUUCCUUCGUAAUUUCCCAUGACCCCACAUGUUUUGAGUUGAACAGACCGUGCAUAUAUAUGACACGUGCCCUGAAGGUGAUUAGACCUGUGCCUGUUUUGUGUUUCUCUGCGACUUUAUGAAUUAAACCAGGAAUUAUAUUUAGCGCAUAUUUGUACAAAAUGCAAUCUACAGGGAGGCGCGAUUGUGUGUUCCCCUCUUCGGGUCCUUUUGGCUAUCGUUAAACGCCGGAGCUGAUGUCACACUAAAAGAGUGGUGGUGGUGGGGGGACAUAGGUUUGAGUCCACACCGUUGUGUGUGUGCGCGCCACACUCGGAACGGCGCACUCGAGCCCAGCCGGUCGUGUCCAUGGUAUGGCGCUUCAAACACCCGACAGUGAAGUGGAAAACACGAAAUGAAAAGGUCGUACUUUGAAAUAAGGUGGUCGUGUUGCGUUGCAUUUCUGUCUGUGCUUCGUGUUGAUGUGAAUUGCUCUGUGACAUUGAGAGUUAGUCCUUUAUAAAUUCCAGAAGAUUACAUUGUUCAGAGGUAGAGGUUAGUAGGGGAGCGGAGCACACGGGUCGCCCAAUACGAGCCCGAACCAACCAUCUCGACACGCUCGAGCUCCAACCCCAGCGACGAGUCGACAAGGCAUCGAUGUGUUGAUCAAAGUAAUUUAUUACGCUCGUGUUAUCCGCAUCGUACCGUGUUUGCAAGCAAUCAUUUUUUUCCUGCGACGAAGGUUGUACGGAGCGCGCUCACGUGACCCCUGCAGCCGCUCGAGGUGCUCCAUUCACCGCAAAAUUACCCCCAAAACUAUUCCGAAAGCACCACCCAGAAUCGUGACAAGUCUUUUUUUAAGUUUGAUAGAAACUAAUGCUCGCCUACCGAUGCAACACGAGUAGUCGCCUUGGCUCACUCGCAACCUCGCCAGGCGUGGCCCUUCACCCACAUCGAGGCCACCAGACCGUGGUGCUCGUCUCGAUCCGAUUCCCACCGCUGACUCUUCACACCGUCCCAUAUUAUCACUCUUUACUUUUUGGUGUUCACACCUCUUGCAUGCGUGAGGUGGCUUUUUAUCGUGCAAAACACGACUGCUCUGGAGAAUCGUGGCGCAGCCAAUCGAUAGAGCUGCCCAUUUUAAGCGCUGUCGGUCAUUAUCCUUUCCUGGUUGCGCAACGUCUAUCACCAUUGCUGUGCAAGUCACACGAACAAUGAUGAUUGGUUGCUGCUGAUGCUGCUUUAUUAUUCGGAGCAGCAGUAAUUCGCCAUGGCAGAUCCUGAUUUAAUAGCAGUGGCUUCGCGGCUUUGCACCCCCCCUCUCAUCCCCGGUGGUGAUUCGUACAAGAACGGUGGCGUUUUACAUUAACGCGCGAUUACGACAAAGGCUGCGAGGAACGGGCCGUGUCGUGGGGGUGCACGGCACGUUCCACAGUGGUGUGGGGGGGGGGGGGGUAGUUAAAUGCUGCAAGAUGUUUGGGUGGUUGGGAGAGACGGGAACUCGUUUAUCUCGUGAGAAUGAAAAAGCGAGCGUGGUAUGUAAACGCGUAAGGGCUCGGGACGUCACUGGGCUCAAGAGGGCCAUCGCCACCCUGCCCCAAAUUAACUUGUGCAGGAAGAAACUCGUGUUGACGGAGCACCCGAAAGUCGUCAGGCUCUCCGAGUUUGCCCCCCCCCCCUCUUCCCCUCCCACCGAUGGUUGGUGAUGGAGACAUUUGUACUCGUUACAAUAACUGACAAUAAUGAAAGUUCGUCGAAGGUGAUCUACCCGUUUUACCAAUAUUUUUCCCAUUGCACAACCGAGCCGUGGCGAGCCAGCGCAGCUCAGGAGGGGCCAGGUUUUUCCACUGCAGAAACCGAGCUGUGCCGAUGACUGUAUGGCUCACCCCUGGUCAUGGUCCUGCUUGGAUUCGAGACAGAUUUAGGUGUCUUGUGGGGCCAGAUUAUCACGGUUUGGUUCUGGCUUAGCCUGGCAAAAAACCAGUGGAAAAUUACCCGAUCGUUUUGGCCCCAUGCUGGUGUGGCUUUGUUGCGCUAGUGGACAAUGGGUAUUACGUCUCGGUUGGGUCUUACCUGGUUCUAAGUACAUUUCACACGCGGGCUUCACGCCCCAUGCUGAUGCCACCAAAACUCGCACGGGUGUCGGCACCCUGGGAUCUCGUUAAAGCUUUGGCUCCUCGUUCGGAAGGAAGCAGGACCACGCAGUUGUUGUUUUGUCCCCGAACAAGGCAGUGGCUGAACAGGUCGGGGCUGGAGCCGUGGGCCCAAGCCUCGUAUUGGGCUGGUCAUCGUGCCCAGGGCCAAUGUUCGCUCGCAUAAAAACCAGUGACGUCGUUUUCGAGCGGUCAGGCGGUCCAAUAGCACUGGCUCAUGGGCGCGAGGGUAUCAAAGGAGGGGAGGGGGGGCUAUUGGACAGGGAGAUGGUGGUCGGGGCUCAUUUCAUUAUUUUCACCAGGGCCCGUUCCACGACGCUACAUUACUGCAUAAAAUCUAUCGAGUUGACUUCAGUUUGCCAUCUUAAGCAGAGACAAAAACCCCCACUUUUAUGCAACCGGUCACAGUAAAACAGCCUUGGUUCUAAGCAUGUUAAGCCGCUUGUUUAGCUGUGUCACAGGGCUAUGAUUUAGUCUGGUUUUGGGAUGUGUUCAGGUUAGAGUCACGGUUCGUGGCUAUUGGUCUAACCUGAAGUUGUGCAGAAUUUUCCCAGAGAUCAGCCCUGGACAACUCAACUCAGCCUUCAUGUCAGGGCUGUAGCUGGAGUUGUCACCCUGGCAUGGUUCAUGACAACGGUCAUGGGGGAUUUUGGGGGGUUUUAAAGAACAUCUUUUAAAAACCAUCGGAUUUAAGCUCAUUAAAUAUUGCUGAAGUCGUCGUUCAUGGGGCAUUAGCUUGCCUCUGGUGUCGGCAGUACUUGGCCGCAUUAGCUCGGGAGGGAGAGGCGGUGUGUAUAGACGCUGCCAUUUCUGUCAAUACAAGACUUAAAACUGCUUUGAUGGACAUGUGUACAAGAGGCUGCCCUGCCGACCCACCGAUCUUUCUUCGGGAGCAGAGAGGGGCAAAAGUGAAACGUUUUGGCGAUGGGGUUAAUUGGGAGUACUCCCCGUCUCUUCCAAGACAUCUUGGUCCGUGUGGAAGAGUUAGCCGAUUACCCUCCUGGAGGAGCUCUCGAUUGGAGGCCCCGAGGGCCAGGAGUGACACUAGCAAGCGAUGCACCUCGAUGUAUCAAUCAUCUACACUGCAAGUUUGGCAACUUUGUCAGCGAAAGCGACGAAUUUCCUCCGGUCCCUCCCUUUGAUGAGGCGGGGUGGGUCCACACCUGGGCGACCAGGUGGUUGCACGUCUCGGCGCAACCGGGUCGCUAAUGUGUGGACGUCUCUGGUUGUGGUUACGUCCACACACGAGCAGCGAUUGAGUUGCACGCAGCCAUGAUCCGCUCGGCGAACGCACCCGCCGCCUCGACUACGAUCAGUUCAUGAUAAGUUGAUUCCUGUUAACAGUGACCGGGGGAGUCGAACAUGAACCCUCAGUUCCCGUGCGUUCACGUGGGUCACACUGCGCAAUGCACCAGGCCCGGUCUCUUUUUUUAGACGGUUCGUUGGUACUUAAUGAUAUUUAGGGACGGUAUACAUAUAUAAAUAUUUACAUAUACACGUAUGCUUUGCUGUAGGUCCAUAGGUCCCGUAUAUAACACGUGACUCCACCCCCUUGUAUGGUAAUGACGCUGGUUUUCUCUGUGUUUGACACGACAUAAUUUGGCUUUCUGUAAUUAAAUCCCCUUUCGUUGCUGUUACGCUUAAGUGCAUCGAAUGAUUCUACGUUAAUUUGCUCUUGAUUUGUAAAUAAAUAAUAAACCACAUACGAGAGUGCUUCA